ACAAAUCGACCGUAUAUGUAUAGUGGUGUUCAACCCAAGAGGCAGGGAUCAACAAACAAUUUAAUCUAAAAUUUUAAGCAAUGUCAUCAUCAGUGGGGCCAUUAGUUGGAGCAGUUGAUCAGGGAACAAGUAGUACAAGGUUUCUGAUUUUUUCAAGCAAAAAUGCUGAACUUGUGACCUAUCACCAGACAGAAAUCCAACAAAAAUGUCCACAUGAAGGAUGGGUAGAAGAAGAUCCUGUAGAGAUAUUAGAAUCAGUGAAGACAUGUAUUGCUAAAGCUGUAGACAAUCUGAAGGCUCUAAACAUCAGCCACACUGACAUCAAAUGUAUUGGUAUAACAAACCAAAGAGAGACAACUGUAGUAUGGGAUAAAGUUACUGGAGAGCCCCUGCAUAAUGCUAUUGUAUGGUUGGACCUUAGGACAUCAUCUACUGUGGAGAAACUUAUUGCAAAGACACCUCAUAAAAACAAGGAUCAUCUUAGGCCUCUUUGUGGAUUGCCUAUAACAACCUACUUUAGUGCAGUGAAGCUGAGAUGGUUGCUAGACAACAGUCCAAAGGUUGCCAAGGCAGCAGCAGAGGGCCGGUGUUUGUUUGGGACUGUUGAUUCCUGGUUACUAUGGAAUUUAACUGGUGGGAAGGAGGGAGGUCAGCAUAUUACAGAUGUAACAAAUGCUAGUCGUACCAUGUUGAUGAAUAUACAAGACCUCAAAUGGGAUGAUAAACUUUGUCAGUUUUUUGAGAUCAACAAAGACAUGUUGCCAGAGAUAAGAAGUUCAGCUGAAAAAUAUGGAAAUCUUGUUGAUGGACCAUUAAAAGGACUACCAAUAUCAGGGAUUCUUGGGGACCAGCAAGCAGCUUUAGUUGGACAACUGUGCUUCAAACCUGGACAAGCCAAAAAUACAUAUGGAACUGGCUGUUUUCUGUUGAUGAAUACUGGAAAUGAGCUUGUACAUUCUAACAAUGGUUUGCUAACAACAGUAGGCUAUCAACUAGGACCAAAUAAACCUGUGGUGUACGCUCUAGAGGGAGCUAUUGCUAUUGCUGGAGCAUGUGUGCGGUGGCUGAGAGAUAACCUUGGUAUCAUACAAACAUCCCAGGAGAUAGAGAAGUUAGCAGAGAAGGUUGACAGCACACAUGGAUGUUAUUUUGUGCCAGCAUUUUCUGGAUUGUUCUGUCCAUACUGGCAAAAUGAUGCACGAGGUAUAGUAUGUGGUUUGUCUCAGUUUACAACAAAAGAACAUAUUGCCAGAGCUGCACUUGAGGCUGUUUGCUUUCAAACCAGAGAGUUACUUGUGGCAAUGAAUCAAGACAGUGGGAUACCUCUAAAGUCUAUACAGGUAGAUGGAGGUAUGACUGCCAAUAAUUUACUGAUGCAGAUACAGGCUGACUUGAUGGGAAUAGAUGUUGUACGUCCAUCAAUGCCUGAAACAACUGCCCUUGGUGCUGCCAUGGCAGCUGGUCACGCUAUAGGUGUUUGGAAUCUGGAGAACGAGGACACAAAGGUCACUACCGACAUAUUUACAUCGUCAAUAACGGAGUCAGAUAGAGAUGAGAGGUUCUCUAGGUGGAAGGAAGCAGUUAUACGUUCAAUGCACUGGGUGCCGUCUAGUGAACAGAAAGCAUAGACAGACCAAGGACAUUAUGGGAUGGCCUGGCUGGAGGAUAUUUUAUGUUUGGUAGCUUAACUUUAUUACUUAUUGCCAAGUAUCUUCAACAAAGAUGAUGCUGUCUAUAUAUAGGUGCCAUAUAUUCAAAUUGUGCUAGUCUAUACACUAAAUUAGUGACACUGUGUGUGGAUAUGUUCAUAGGAUCAUGUUUGUAUUGUUAGAAACAGAGGAAUCAUGCUCACAAGAUCAUGUCCAUAGGGUCAUGUUUACAGGAUUAUGUUCUCAUGGCUUUGUUCACCAUCAGGAGUUAUUCAUAGAUAAGAUCUUUUCGACAAGGACACAAAUAAUUUAUGCAUAACUGAAUUAAGAUCAUAGUUAAUACCAAGUGAGUUUUGGUGGUGAAAAAUUCCUUGUAAUUUAAAUAUCAGCAUUAAUGCAUGUGUUACUUGAAAUUUUUUUUACCUGUGUGAUGAUCAUGUUUUUUGUAUAAGAUUUCUGAAAGUUGUCAACAAGAAGCUUCUCCAUUAGCAAUUCCAUUUUAUUAUUUUGGUAUGGAAUGCCAUGUAAACUAACAAUGGACAGUGGUAAAGUUGAAGCAGAUUUAGACCAUUAUACAUUUUUAGAACAGUUUGUGGUUAAAAAAUAUCUUAAACACACAUUAUCAUUUGUGAAACUCUUACACAGUAUUGUUCUAGGAAUAACACUGGCAGGUUGGAAACAUUGAAAACUGAAUUCUAAAAAUGAAAUUUUUUUGUUUUAAGAAAAUUCAAUCUGUAACUAGUUUCUUCGAUUAUGUGUUAAGGGUUCAGAUAAUGUAAAUGAAAAAUAAUAUUAACAACUAUAUUGUCCCUGUAUUAACUGUGAUUAUGUUUAUUGUUAUAAUUAACAGUGCUGUGAUUAUUUGUUGAAUGCCUUUAGAACAAUUAUUUAGUUUAUAUGAAGUUUAGAUAUAUAAACAAUAUGGGAUUUAAGAUAUAAAAGAUAGGAAAACAAAUGUAACUUUCUUUAUUUGUAUUUAAAUGCUUAUUCAAAUUCUGUAUUUUUUUUGUCAAAAGCUUUUCAUUUUUGGUGCUCAGUUGUAGUUUUUCAAACUGUACUCAUUGGCUAUUAGCUAAAUCGUUAUUUGCUUUUUGCCGAUAAGUUGAGUUAGAGUGAUUUAGUAAUAUAUGUAAGACUUUACAUGUAUACCACUUUGUUUAUGUUUUGCUACUGUUAUGACAAAUGAUUUCACAUUCAACUCUGCUUUCUUUAGGUGAUAAGCAUCUGACAUGCUUUUAAACAUUAUUAAGCAUAGGUUUUGCAUUUUUAGCUUGACUGUUCAAGAAUAAAGAGAAUAAUUGUUCUUACCAAGGCAUCAGCAUUAUACUUUGGUUAAGUUUUUGCUUACAAAUUGGUAUUUCCAAAACUUCUGAAGGUAAUUGGUUGAGAUUUCACACACUUAUUUAAUAGCAUAACAUGUCACUGUCCGAGGCCAAUAACUCUUAACAUGGAUUUUGACGGAAUUAUUGCACUUUUUUAACUUAGAAAAUUCUACAAAAUUCUACAUUGUCCAGGCUCUUGUUUUACUAUCAAAUACUGAGAAUAGUCAAGAAUGCUGUCCUUCCAACAGCUCUUGUGUCUAUGGCAAAAUCAUAUCUAUUUUUGUGCCUUUAAUAUUGUUUUAUGUUUUUUGAUAAUUUUAAGAUAGAAUAUAAUGUCCUGUAUCAAAUGCAUUAUUCUCUUUGUAACUUUGAAAUAUAAGUAAAUAAAUGUGUUUUUAUUGUUGAAAAUAUACAUCAUGUAUAAAUAUGAGACAGAUAGUUGUAUGUUAGGGUUAAUUGUUUGAUAAAUUUUCACUUGUUAUUGAUAUGAUAAAGUAGAAACAUUGUUACAUGUAUUUAUGGAAUUAAUAUUUCAAACCAAAACUAGUACUUGUGUGAAUUUUUCUACAUAGUCACUACCAGUCGUUGAUAUAAAUUAUGUUCCUAUAUCACAUUACACGUACACUUGCGGUCUUUCAAGCUAGUCAAGUUCGAUAUAGUUUUGUUUGUGUUUUUGGUCAGAUCUUAAGAAAUUGUGUUUGCAAAUUGUAUUUUGAAUUAAGCUAUUAAAAUAAAGUAACACCAUUUAUGACUUAUACAGAUUUGAACAUAUUCAUCAAAAAUCAAAGGCAUUUAUAAUCAUUAUAAGAAGCGUGAUUUGUUUUAUAAUAUCAAGGCUAAUAUUGAUGUCUAUUUUAGCAUGUAUUACAAUGAAAUUUCAUUCUUGGUUGUGAUAUAUAGACAUGUUAUAUAGACAUAAUAUGUAGACAUAAGUCUUCCAUUUCAUGAUCAUGAUUUGUAAUGCUUGCAGUGUUUUUAAGUUGUUUUCUUUCUUUUAGAGUGUAUAGCCUAGUAAAUUAGUUAAAUGAGCCGCAUCAGGACAAAACCAACAUAAUGCGUUUGCGACCAGCGUGGAUCCAGACCAGCCUGCGCAUCUGCGCAGUCUGAUCAGGAUCCAUGCUGUUCGCUAUCAGUUUCUCUACUUGCUAUAGGGUUUGUAAGCGAACAGCAUUGAUCCUGAUCAGACUGCACGGAUAUGCAGGCUGGUCUGGAUCCAUGCUGGUCGCAAACCCAUUAUGUUGAUUUUGUGAUGACGCGGCUCAAAUUAAUUUUUCUAAAACUGUAGUUUGUAGACUAUGCCGUCCUUGUUUAAUCAAUCAUUGAAUAGAUUUGUUAUAUUUGAAAACCUGUACAUGUUUCAUACUAUUGUUCUUGUAGACAAAAGGAGGUCAAAGGUCACUGCCUUACAUUGAUGUAGACUAAAAACU